AGAAGCGAGUGUUUCAGGAAGUGAAUGUAUCUGUGCGAGACAGCAGAGGCAGGCAACAACAAGAAGUCAAGUCAUACAUUUGAAUGCAAGCAUGAUGCCACCAAUCAUAUACGCUUACAGAUUUAGGUCCAUCUGUAGACUACAAAGAUUACAAGCACACAUGAUGUCGAGUGCUUCGGCCCCAGAGGUUCUGCUGGAGAAGGUGGGCCGUGCGGGAGUGAUCACUCUGAACCGACCCAAGGCCAUGAAUGCCCUCAACCUGACCAUGACCCGCCUGCUCUACCCGCAGCUCAAGGAAUGGGAGACAGAUGAGCAGACGGACAUUGUCAUCAUCAAAGGAGCCGGAGGACGGGCCUUCUGCGCCGGCGGAGACAUCAUAGCGGUCACGGAGGCAGGAAAGUCAGGAGACCCUCUAGCGCAGGAUUUCUUCCGUGAGGAAUAUGUUCUGAACAACACUAUAGGAAUGUAUAAGAAACCCUAUAUUGCUCUUAUUGAUGGGAUAACCAUGGGAGGGGGCGUUGGUCUGUCUGUGCACGGCCGGUUUCGGGUGGCUACAGAGAAGACAGUGUUCGCAAUGCCAGAGACGGCCAUCGGACUCUUCCCCGAUGUGGGAGGGGGGUACUUCCUGCCCAGGCUCCAGGGGAAGCUCGGUAUGUUCCUGGCCCUCACAGGCUUCCGUCUGAAGGGACGUGAUGUGCAGCGCGUCGGCGUGGCCAGUCACUUUGUGGAGUCGCAAAAGAUCUCUGCCCUGGAGCUGGACUUGGUUGGUCUGAGAUCUCCCUCUAAUGAAGACGUGUCCAAGCUGCUGGAGUCCUACCAGACACAGAGCUGCCUGGAUGCAGAGAAGCCAUUUGUGCUGCAGCCUCACUUGCAAGACAUAAACAGACUGUUUAGUGCAGGCAGUGUGGAGGGCAUCCUGCAGAACCUCAAUACAGACAACUCUGCAUUUGCCAAGAAGCAGGCUGAGACCCUGGCCCGGAUGUCCCCCACGUCCCUGAAGAUCACCUUCAGGCAGCUGGAGCAGGGGGCUGCUAUGAGCCUGCAGGACGUGCUGGUCAUGGAGUACCGCUUAUGCCAAGCCUGCAUGAGGGGCAAGGACUUCUACGAAGGUGUACGAUCAGUGCUGAUCGACAAGGACCACAGCCCCCGGUGGAGCCCGGCGACGCUCGCUGAGGUGUCGGACCACAGCGUGGACCAGUGCUUCUCCCCCCUGGGAGAGACGGACCUCCGCCUCUGAAGGCUCUCUCUCUCUCUCUCUCGCUCGCUCUCUCUCUCUCUCUCUCUCUCUCUCUCUCUCUCUCGGUCACCAUGGUAACCGGACCAGACCGCCCUCCCACGUGGCCCGUUUGGUCGGAUGGAACAGCUGCACCUCCUCUCAUCUGUCCCCUUCCCUCCUCGCCACUCCCCUGUUCUUGGAACGGCCGACCAGGCACGUCUCCGUCACUCCACCACUCCAAACAGUGGAAAAUACAACUUCAAGUCAGAUGGGCGAGGGACUUGACCAGGAAAGUGUAUACAGUGGGGUAUUCUGCACAAAUAUGUUCUUUCCUCUGUUUUUGCUCCCCGCUCUACCUGCCGAUUGCUGCAACAUGUUACAGAAGGGGGCAAAAGAAAACGUAACUUUCUGUUGAGGUGAAAUUCAGAUGAGGCCGUUUUUUCUUUGUCUAUUGUUUUAUAGUGCAGAAGAGAAUGGAGAGCGAAAGAGAGGGAGAAAAUAUCAUGUUCAGAGGAGAGAUGCUGGAACAGGGAUAAGUGCCUUUUGGAUCCAAGUGGAUCUGGUGGUUCGGGAGCUAAUCAAAUGGAUAAGGUCUUAGCCCAACACUGCAGUAGUGUAUUACCAUGAGGGGGUGGGAGACAGUGGGGUGUGGUGGACACACUCAUGUUCAAUAACGGUGAAUAUAUCCAGUGACUACCGGUUCUGUAUGUCUUUACCGCGUUUGAGGUAGAUUAAAUGUUAUGUGUCACAACUUUAAACUCAGCUGUAAAGAAUAACAAGUUGUUUGUUGUGCGAUUUCUGAAGUGAUUUUAGUUUUUAUUAAACUCUUUGAAAUAAAAUAUUGUAGUGUCAAAGUCCCAAAGACUAG